UCCCCCCUGCCUGGCAAACACGAAUGUCGUCACUCGCCACAUUUGCUCCUUUCUCCGGGAGGAGGGGACCAAAAUCUCCACCGUUCCGAUGGAACUCGCGGCGGCAGCGGUCGAGAUGGACCCACGGAGCCCGUGACGCACCGGAUACAACUUUGUGACACUUUCAAACGGAUACCGGCGCUGUUUUUUUUUUUUUUUCGUUUUUGGGGGUGCAUUUUGAACUCGUCUUUUUGGCGUGUUUUGUCGCUGAAUAAAUUCUUCGUCCAUGCACGCCCGGACGAGGGCGAGCUCCACCGCGGGGAGGGGAUGUGACACCACCCGAGGCUUAAAGAUCGACUAAAGAGGACGGAAAAGUCCCUCCCAGGUGGAAUUCGACGUUAUGAAAAUGACCGGUGCGAUGGAAAGUGCUUUCAAACUGGCGCUGAGGAAGCCGCCCGCCCUGCGGACGGCAGAGGACUUGCACACCAUCUACUGCCACCUCUACCACAUGGACGUCCUCUCACACCUCAGGGAGCACCAGCUAAGGUCCAUGUGCACGUCAGCCAGGUACGAGAGACACGAGGCCAACCACAUCCUCUUCUAUCCCGACAGCAUCGCCAGCUGUUGGUACAUCUUGCUCUCUGGAUCCGUUUUUGUCAAGGAGGACAUGUACCUGGCCAGGUGCUGUUUCGGCAAGCAGCUGGGGGGCAGGCGAGGCUGUGAAUGCAUCACUUUGCAGCCGUCAGAAAUGAUCGUGGUGGACAACUGCGGCGAGGGGGACGAUGGGUUCCUGCACCGGGAUGGCUCGCAGCGACGUUCCCGCCGGCGCUUCCGCAGGAUCAACCCCAAAGGCGAGCGGGAGCUGAUCACAGAUGGGCAAGAACCCGCUGCCUACAAGCUUCCUGCUGACCUCAAUAAGAUGCACUUGACCGACCACGCCCACCAGCAGGUGAUGGACGUACCCGCCAGCCAGUCGGGAUGCAGCAUCGCCAGCGACUCGGGCAGCAGCAGCCUGUCGGACAUCUACCAGGCUACGGAGAGUGAGCUGGGCGACGUGGACCUGUCCGGCCUUCCCGAGGCUCCCGUGGACAGCGAGGAUGAGGAAGAGGAGGACGAUGACCUGGAGAGAGCCUCGGAUGCGCUGCUGGUCCGAGACCUUGUUCGCGAGUGUCUGGAGAAGGACCCGGUAGACCGCAACGACGAUGACGUCGAGCAACUGUUGGAGUUUAUGCACCAGCUGCCGGCCUUCGCCAACAUGACCAUGUCGGUGCGGCGGGAGCUGUGCGGCGUGAUGGUGUUCGAGGUGGUCGAGCAGGCGGGCACAGUCAUCCUGCACGACAAGCAGGAGCUGGACCUGUGGUACGUCAUCCUGAACGGGGCGGUGGAGAUCGGUCGCCACGAGGGCCGGGCGGAGACGCUGUGCAUGGGCAAUAGCUUCGGCAUCUCGCCCUCGCUGGACAAGCAGUACAUGAACGGUGAAGUGCGCACCAAAGGGGACGACUGCCAGUUGGUGUGCAUCGCCCAGGAGGACUACUGGCGCAUCCUCAACCACGUGGAGAAGAACACCCACAAGGUGGAGGAGGAGGGCGAGAUCGUGAUGGUGAAGGAGCACCGCGAGCUGGACCGAAGCGGCACCCGCAAGGGGCACAUCGUCAUCAAGGGGACCCCGGAGCGUCUGAUCAUGCAUCUGGUGGAGGAGCCCUCGGUGGUGGACCCCACCUACAUCGAGGACUUCCUGCUCACCUACCGCACCUUCGUGUCCAGCCCCUUGGAGGUGGGCAAGAAGCUGUUGGACUGGUUCCAGAUGGACACGCUUCGAGACACGGUGACCCGCAUUGUGCUGCUCUGGGUCAACAACCACUUCAACGACUUUGAGGGCGACAUGGCCAUGACGCGCUUCCUGGAAGACUUUGAGAAGUUGCUGGAAGCCACGAAAAUGAAAGGCCACCUGCGGCUGCUCAACAUCGCGUGCGCCGCCAAGGCCAAGUGGCGGCAGAUCACGCUGCAGAAGGCGUCGCGGGAGUCGCCGCUCUACUUCAGCGUGCAGGGUGGCAGCGAACGCGGCUUUGGCAUCUUUGUCGAAUCGGUGGAGGAAGGCAGCAAGGCGGCCGAGGCGGGGCUUAAACGCGGAGACCAGAUCAUGGAGAUUAAUGGGCAGAACUUUGAGAACAUCUCCUUCUCCAAAGCUGUGGAUAUCCUCAGGAACAACACACACUUGUCCCUCACCGUCAAGACCAACAUAUUCGUCUUCAAGGAGCUCCUGAGCCGAAUUGUGCACGAGAAGAAGAACGGCGGGCCACACAUUCCCAAGAUCCAGGAGAAAAAGGGCAACCGCUUCUCCAUCCCGGACUUGCCCGGCGACAUGGAGUUUGCCACGGACCACAAGGCCACGCGCAAGAUGAAGGCCAACACGGUGUCGGGCGGCCGCAACAAGAUCCGCAAGAUGCUGGAGAAGACGCGCUUCAGCAUCCUGCCGCCCAAGCCCUUCAGUGACGGCAGCAUGGGUCAGUCUCAGGACGACAGCAUUGUGGGUACCAAGCAGUGUCGGCACAGCGUUGCCAUCAUGCCCAUCCCUGGCAGCCUGUCGUCAAGCAGCCCGGACCUCCUCCAGCCUGCCUCCAGCGUGCUCGACUUCUCCAACCCGGCAGCACUGGGACUGUACUACAUUCCAGACCAGGUGAUCCGAGUGUUCAAGGCCGACCAGCAGAGCUGCUACAUCAUCAUUAGCAAGGACACCACCGCCAAAGACGUGGUGGCGCACGCCGUCAACGAGUUCGGAUUGACGCCAGCCGCCGAGAACUAUUCGCUGUGCGAAGUGUCGGUCAGCCCCGAGGGUGUCAUCAAGCAGCGGCGCCUGCCUGACCAGCUCUCCAAGCUCGCUGACCGCAUUCAACUUAACGGCAGGUACUACUUGAAGAACAACAUGGAGACGGAGACACUGUGUUCGGACGAGGACGCCCAGGACCUGCUGCGCGAGAGCCACAUCUCGCUGCUGCAGCUCAGCACCAUGGAGGUGGCCGCCCAGCUCUCCAUGAGGGACUUUGAGCUUUUCAGGAACAUCGAGUCCACCGAGUACGUGGACGACCUGUUCAAGCUGGACUCGGCGGGCGGCGGGCACCUGAAGCGCUUCGAGGAGGUCAUCAAUCAGGAGACCUUCUGGGUGGCCACCGAGAUCCUCAAGGAGCCCAACGCCCUCAAGAGGAUGAAGACCGUCAAGCACUUUAUUAAGAUUGCCCUGCACUGCCAAGAGUGCAAGAACUUCAACUCCAUGUUUGCCAUCAUCAGUGGUCUGAACUUAGCCCCAGUGGCUCGCCUGCGCUGCUCGUGGGAGAAGCUCCCCAGCAAGUACGAGAAACUUUUCGGGGACCUGCAGGACGUCUUCGACCCGUCGCGCAACAUGGCCAAAUACCGCAACGUCUUGAGCGGCCAGAGCAUGCAGCCGCCCGUCAUCCCCCUUUUCCCCGUGGUCAAGAAAGACCUCACUUUCCUCCACGAAGGCAACGACUCUUCGGUGGAUGGCCUGGUGAACUUCGAGAAGCUGCGGAUGAUCGCCAAGGAGAUCCGACACGUCGUCCGGAUGACAUCGGCCAACAUGGACCCGGCCCUGAUGUUCAGACAAAGGAAGAAGAGGUGGAAGAGUUUAGGAUCCCUGAGUCAGGGCAGCACCAACUCCAACAUGCUGGACGUUCAGGGCGGCGGGCACAAGAAGCGCGUGCGGCGCAGCUCGCUGCUCAACGCCAAGAAGCUAUAUGAGGAUGCGCAAAUGGCGCGCAAGGUCAAGCAGUACCUCUCCAACCUGGUGGUGGAAACGGACGAAGACAAGCACCAGAUCAUGUCGCUGCAGUGUGAGCCCGCCUACACCACUAUUUCAAAGACCCUGAGCGACCGGCGAUCCACCAAGUCAGACAUGUCGCCCGUGUCGCUACGCUCGGCGCUGCCCUCGGGGAAGACCCAGAACCGGGUGUCGCAGGUCCUUCAGGUGCAGGUGCCGCUCAACCCGCUACGCAAGAAGAGCAGUGCCAAGGACGUUGGCCCUCCUAACUUCAGCUCCCCUCAGGUAGUGAAGAAGCCCCCUGCCAGCUCAGCAGACGAGUGGGCCGCCAAGAGAGCGUCCGACGACACGGUGUCCACCAUCUCAUCCCGCCACUCCAGCCCGACCGUGUCGCCGCAGGGCUCGCCGCGCAAAGGCCCGUCGGCCAAAACCCAGACCUGCUCGGGCCAGCUGAACCUGUCGGGCUCGUCGUCGUCGCUGACCAGCGACGCCAGCACCAAAGCGAGCACCGUCAGCCUCCGCAGCUACGGCAUAGGUUAUGCGCUGCUCCCUCCGGGCAAAGCGGACAACCUGUCCGACUCAAGUCACAGCGAGAUCUCGUCUCGCUCCAGCAUCUGCUCCGUGGACUCCGUCCCCGCUCCAGGUCUGGAGGAGCGCUGCAACAGCAUCGGCGCCAGGACGUCGGUCGCGUCCGCUCCUGCCGCUCUCACUGUGCCGGUGGGCCUGCCGACGCCCGAGAGCAUGGCAGCAACUCACUUGAAUGUGGACUACAGCCAGCCCAGCACCAGUUCUCCUUCUUCCGCGGCUGUGCCGGGGUCAUCUCGGGGUUAUGCCACACGGAGCUCCACCUUCACGUCGUCCAUCUCCACGGAGGAACUGACACCCGACCUGGCCUCCCUGGACUUGGUGGCCGACAGCGGGCGCGGCAGCUGGACAUCCUGCUCCUCCAACUCCCACGACUCCUUCCAGAGUCUGCCCGCCUCUUCCUGCCGCCCCUGGGACCACGGCAUCCACGGCCACCCGCUGGCGCUCGCUCACCGGCUGGCCGGCAACCCGAUCGCCGAGGCGGACUACGCGCGCGACUCGGAACUGGCCAAGCAGUCCCGGCAGAGCUGGGCGUCGUCAGGAUCCUUGUCAGACACUUAUGAGGGGAAUUAUGGCACCGUCAAACGGAGGAAUGCGACGGAGCCCGGCUCUGCCUCUUCCGCCUUGCCGACCAAUGACGACGGAGUGCAGGGCACAGACCCCGCCUACAAAACUGUGACAUCCAGCACGGAGAAAGGACUAAUAGUUUACUGCAUCACCUCCCCCACCAAGGACGAGCGUUACCGAGCCCCUCCUCCCACCCCUCCAGGCUACCAGGGUCUGGCUCUGGGGGACGUCAAAGAUUGCAGCGGUGGCACUGCGGUGGCGGCGGCAGGGGUGUCCGGGAGGCCUCCCCACCUCAGACCGCCCGACUACAGCGUGGCCAUGCAAAGGAGCAAACUCCUGCAGAGCCCUGGAGCCGCCGGGACUCUGGCGCACGCCCGGAGGCUUGCCGGCAGCCGCCUUGGGACGUGCGACGUGGCCGAUAGCGAGGACGAUGAACAAGUUUCGGCCGUGUAGAUCCGUUGGGGACUGCACGCCCCGGCACCAUCUUUGCCACCUCCUGGAACUCGUGCCUGCUUCACUUGAAAAUAAGGACCUUUUUAAAGGCUUCCAACCAGGACAACAGAAAACACAAUAGUUUGAUACUUUUUGAAGCUUUUAACGUUGUUGUCCCCCACCCUCAUUUUAAUUUUGCACCUCAGAGCUCGCGUCACGUUUUUGCUUGGGACAGCAGAAGUAUCGCAGGAUCACUCGCGGGUCUUCUCGCGCCUCCCACGGAUCACCAGUCUCAUGAGCAAGAUCCCCUUGGAACUCGUACCCGCUUCACUUGAAAAUAACAAACUUCAGACCAGGAAAAGAUAGAGAAAUGUUUUUGAAGCUUUUACUUUUUUAAUCAUUUGAAUUUUGCACCACAUUUUCCUUGGGACGAGACUGCCGACAGAAGUUCAGGUGAUUUGUGGAGCACUUCCUGUUCUCGGAGGAAACAAAAUGGCCGUCUCCAGAAGCUAGCUACUCGAGCGGCGUGCUACCUCCUGGACUUUUUAGGGGAUAAAAACAAUGUGUUAUUAUUUUUUCGAGGUGCAGACGAAUCGGGGUAAAAAAGGUGUUGUUUACAAUGUUUAUUGGGCAAGUGCGUGAGCCCCCCCCCCCGCCAUACCCCUCCUUUUUUUUCCCAUUUUGAUGGCAGCCAAACGGGAUGUGUAUCUCCAAUUCGUGUCGAUCGUACAGGAAUGAUUGGUCUUCCCGAUAUCUGUCGGGAAGACUUAUGAUGAUAAUAUGGUGGCAUAUGUAUGAAUGCGUAAAUGCGAACGUGUGUGUGUUUAUAUUUAUACAUAUAAACGUACAUACAGACAACUUUUUUUGUGGUUGUUUUUCCUGUAAAUUAACCAUGGUGUAUAGUUUACAGACUGGAAUAUUUUGUUACCAGAAAAAAAAGCGUUUUUGUUUUCUUUGCGGGGUCCUCGCUUGUGCUUCUUGUAGUUGUGCAGAUGAUGCGGCUGUGUGUGUGUUGAUCUCACAACACAUAAGUGAGGGUCCACACCCCUUUUCUCCCCGGUCCCGUUUGGGUCUCUCACAAAAUCUUUUGUGGGUCCCUUAGGCCUCCUUGCGCCCCCACCCCCACCAAAACCAUUUUAGCACUCCUGGGCCCCUCAUGAGUCUCCUCUACCUCUGUUUGGUCUCAUAGGACCCUCCUGGAUGUCUUUUGGGUCUUCUGAAGCGCCAUUCUUUUAUUUCCAAGUAUCCAUUGUGGGUCUGUUCUGACUGCGUUUUAAAAUAAUUUGUCACAAGCGGUUCUCCACACGAGACCCUUUUUAAUCUCCUGGUUCCCUCCUGGACCUCCUUUCUUUCAUGGGUCUCUACUAGUCUGUUUCUGUCGCAUUAUUUGGGUC